AGAUCAAAUAUGAGCAGUGUUUCUUUUUGUACCGGUCUGUCUGUCCUAGGCUGAGGUUGGCUGGUUAGUUGGUUGAUUGUGUGGUAUUUGUCUCUUUCUCAUCCUACUUCCCCCCUCCAGGACCCUGCCUCUUUCUCAACGCCUGUGAUUGUAACAUCUUCUCAACCUUCCUGGAGCGAUACAGGAAACCCUGAACAGGUGAUCAUGCUGCCUAAUUGGUCAAACAUGACCCUCCACCUGGAGGACUCUCUGACCCGUGCCCUGGGCCAUUAUCUUGACAACUGGAGCCGGAACUCCUCGAAGGCAGAACAGGCUCUGGACAACACUCUGGCAGAGGAGAACUUCAGGAACGUCAUAUGGUAUCUGAUAGUGAUGAUCGGAAUGUUUGCCUUCAUCGUCGUGGCGAUCCUGGUGAGCACGGUGAAGUCGAAGCGGCGUGAGCAUUCUAACGACCCCUACCAUAAAUACAUUGAGGAAGACUGGACCGCCCAGCUCCAACAGCAGAGCUUCGUCAUCAACAACCCCACGGCCAACUAACCCAAUGUAUAUUCACACGCCAUAUACAAACACCAGUGGUGGAAAAGUACCCAAUUGUCAUACCUGAGUAAAAGUAAGGAUAUCUGAAUAGAGAAUGACUCAAGUAAAAGUAAAAGUCACCCAGUAAAAU